UGAAAAUUUGGGCAUUUUAAAGACAUUUUUAGGCCUAAAAUUUUGAUUUUCAGAUUUUAGACUUUUUUAAGACACUGCAAGAACCCUGCUGUGAUUAUAACAAAUGUAUCAUUUCACUAAAUAAUCCCUUWUCUUUUCUUUUUUCUAAGGUUUUUAAAGUAAACUCAUUUUAUAACUUAGGUGUUUAUAGGUGAUGAGCUCACAGCAGCCAAAUGAAAAAAAAACUUUAACUAUUUAUAGUACAACAUUGAGCUUCUUCUUGCUUUGUUAGUAUAAAUCUGUUGUCUUCUGUAUCAUAUUACUGUUCUGUUGGGACUUUUUUUUUCUGCUGACUCACCUUCACUGUGAGCAUGAAAGCUUUAUUAAUAUCCUGCAUUACUUCAGUCACAGAUGACGGAUCGUCUACUUUUAACUGCAGAAUUGUUUCCAUUUCUACAGAUAAGUGAAGAAAGAAGAGUCUGUUAAUGUUCAUCUUUGCUUUCUGAACUUUGUAACCUUUUACGUUUGAACCCGAAGCCAGCUCAUGCGUGAGAAAGCUGUUGCCUUAUCUUUCUCUUUCCAAACGCUUCUGUUCUCUCAGACUUCUUUUAUCGCCCGCAGUCAAAAACAUAAAGAGAUGUUGAUGUUUGUGACACAUUUUAAUGAAACUCAAAGUAAUCACUGGAUAUUUUGUAGAAAUGAUGAUGGAUGGAUGGAUGGAUGGAUGGAUGGAUGGAUGGAUGGAUGGAUGGAUGGAUGGAUGGAUGGAAGCAAACUUGAUUAAUGCUGUACAGGAAACGAGUUACAUCAGCUUCUCAUGAACAAGAUGAUCUUGAUGACAAGAACAUGCAUGAGAAUAAUAAAUAGUGGUUAAAAAUAAAUAUUUCACAGAUACACUGUUAUACAKACAGUAUACUCCUGUUAUUAUAUUAAUAACAUAGGUUUUAGUUGAAAACUCUGGCCUGAAAGGGGGCGGGGCUUAUUCUGGUGUURAAUAUGUUGGUAAAACUCAACCAUUUAUUCUGCUUUAAAGGAGCAGUUUCUUUAUAUUUUCAGUAGGUUUGUGAGCUCCCUCCUGUYAGACUCAGUGGUUUACAGUGAUGUGCUGCUUCCUUACAUCAUGAAACARCUUCAUUCUGUUCACAGAUAUGAAGCAUGUGUUUGGAGAACAGUGUUAUUUCCUGCUGUCAGAAAGGACUUUGUGCUCCAGUGUUUGCUCCUGUCUGUGGCGUACGACAUGUUUACUUUGCUGUCAUUAGGAUUUAUUAAACUCAAAUGUUUCUAAUGUUUCUUUGUUUGUCUGCAGCCAAACAGUUUUACUCAAACAAAUCCAGCUUCUGCCAUUCAUAAAAGCAGACAGAAGGUUAUUAUUUAUGUUUGGAGGGUUUUGUUGUUAAAAGCAGAUGUUUGGUUUGUGUGAUUGUGUGUAAUAUAGGAUGAUAUUGUGUGAGAACUAAAGUGUGUGUUUGAGUCGACACCCAGAGCUGCUGCAUCACAAAGCUCCUGUCAUUCAGGUUUUUCCUUUCCGCCCACGUCCAAACAAACACCCACAGGGCGUGGAAAACACUCAGCCGUUUUUAAUGCCUUUUCUUUUUCACACCUUGUUCAUUCAGUCUGCUGUUCUGGCAAAGUGUGUGUGUGUGUGUGUGUGUGUGUGUGUGUGUGUGUCAGGUCACGCUACAUGUUGGACCUGCUGAGAAUCCAGGGGAGGAAUGGAGCCAUAGCCCUGCUGGAGGGCCUGAUGAUCCAUUAUCCAACCCUCUACACGCAGGUGACGGGACGUAAACCCAGCACAGAACCAUCCAGGUUCAGCGGACUGAUCAAGUACUCGGAGCUGACCGAGUACCUGAUCAGAGCCGUGACGGGGAUGCAGAACGAGCUGCAGGAGGCCCGAGGCGAGGCCAGCGCCACGAGUGCACGCUGCAGAUCCCUGGAGGCGGAGAUCAGACAGCUGAUGGAGCAGGAGGAGAAGUCCAGACGUCUGCAGGCUGAAGCUGAACGGCUGCAGAGACACCUGACCUCUCUGCAGCGGGAGGUCACCAAGCUGAAGGACGAGAAGUGUGACCUGUACAUCCGCUACACCACUGUGGUCGAGGAGAAAUCUGCAACGAGCGGGCGACUCCACGACCUGAACCUGCAGGUGUACCAGCUGCAGACUGAGCUCCAGAGUCUUCAGAUGGAGAAGGAGUUCCAGAAGCAGCACUCGCUCCGGUGUCAUUCUGCUCCCGAGACGCCCCAGCUGCAGGAGGAGGUCAGGAAGCUGCGUUCACAGCUGGAGAAGGCAGAGAGACUGGAUCCGGCUCGGCAGGACAUCUUGGCCCAGGACCUGGCCGAGGCCAUCGACAGUCAGGUGGAGCUGGCAGAGGAGCUGAGGUGUUACAGAGAGGAGAACGAAAAACUGCUCCGGGACAAGCAAGGAAGUGAAGACCCUGCUGCGAGCAGCGUCCGGUCCAGGAGCGCCCAGCCGCCCAGUCCUGAGUCUCUGCGUCGAAGAGAAGUGAUUUUAAACGCAGACAGCAGAAGCAUUACUGAGAGUUUCUGUCCCCCCCACAGCCUGGAAACUGCUGAGACCGACUGUCUGCUGGACGACUUCGUCUUCCUGCCCGAUGAAGGACCCAGCCUUGCCUSUGCAGGACGUGAGGACAAGAAGACACCCAGGCUUUCCUCAUCAAGUGGCUCCACCUCCAUCAGCUCCUCCAGGACCUCAGCCCCUCCCUUCCUGGUGCGUUCUCGUCCCAGAGCCAUUCGAGUCAACGGCCGGGUCCUCAGCCUCUCCUUCCAGGGGGAGGCCCUGCUCAGCCAGCUGACAGUGGUGGGGGGGAACAAGACGGGGGUGUUUGUGCAUCAGGUGACUGCAGGCAGCUCCGCCCACACGGUUGGCAUCAGUCCUGGGGCGCAGCUGGUAGAGGUGAAGUAUGAGCAGAAGGACCGAGCUGUGAGGAUGGUGCUGGAGGAUUCCACCUUAGAGGAGGCCACGUGGGCUCUGAGCCAGGUCACAGGAUUCUGUCACCUGUCCCUGCGGCCCAGACAGGACGACUACGAGGCGCUGCUGCAGCAGCUGCAGGCCAACGACGCGUCAUCAGGAGACUCCUUCUACAUCCGGGUCAACGUGUCGCUCGCUGCCGGCUCCGGCGGAGCUCUGUCCGUGUCGUGCAACGACGUCCUGCACGUCACGAACACCCGACCCGCUGGCGCCGAGGACCAGUGGCACGCYAGCCAGGUGCACCCCUGUCAGCUGCUGGACCUGCAGAGGGGCAGCGUGCCUAAUUACUACAGGGCGCAGAGACUUCUGAUUCGAGCCAUUGAAGAAAUUAAUUUUCAGACCCAGAAGUGUUUGAAGGAUGGACAGACCCUCCCUGAGAGUAAAGAGAAGGCAGUGAGGAUCGUGAGCACGGGGCGUCCGGGUCGGAACCCUCUGUGGGUCAGCGUGGAGAAAGAAAAGAUGACGAGCUCGGAGUCUGGAUCUCCGCCUCYGUCCAAAAGCUGCGUGACCCUCAUGCCCUACACCCUGGUGUCCCCCCACUUCCCCCCUGUGUGCAGGCCGGUCCUGCUGCUGCCCACCGUCCUGGGUCGCAUCCUGGACAAGAAGUUAGCCAGCUGGCAGGGCUUUGAGCUCUGUGAGCCCG